AUGUUCGAUCCUCUCGCCCCCUUCCCGUCGCCCGGUAUGGGCGCCUCGCUCGACCUCUUGGACUUCGAUGGGCUAUACUCCGGAUCCUACCAUCAGACGCCGUAUCUGCGUGACUUGAACAGUUGCAUUCCGGAUUUAGGGUCGAAUAGCGCUCCAUACCGAUUCACUGAAGAGGCUCAUUACCUGGCACCCAACCCCCAUCCUGAAUCGCGCGAAAGAGCUUUCUUCCCUGGCACAGAGCCACUCUUCAAAAAUGCAUUACAGCUUGGGUUAGACGCUGCCAGUGGCACAUGUACGAAUGUAUCCGCCGACUAUGACACUGCGCCUGUCGACCAAGGCCCCGUCUUCCCAUUCUCCCUCUUUGAAGACUUGGUUGGGCGUGCUCAGUCCUUGCGGCUGGACACGGAGACAUCGGAUGCCAUCACUCGUGCCCCGCUCCUCUCUUCCAAAGAGCUGCCACCCGCACUUUCUUACCCCGGGGCCUCGGCUAUCGACGCACACGCGAUACUUGGUGAUAGUGUCGAUAACGCACUCGCUCCGACCGUCCGAUCCCAACGCCGCUUCUCCCCGUACCCGUCACCGUCUUCAUGGUCUCCCUCGCCACUUCAGUCGCCAGUGCCCCUAGCACCAUGCCCGCCACGGAGGCCUGCGAAAGGCAGCGCGCGCGCACGAAAUCGACAAGUAUACCGCUCGGAUGCCGACUUCGUCGAUGCGCUCAUUAAGGCGCUGGAUACUCUGGUGUGCCCGGUGCCUGACUGCGGGUACACCCCGUCCGGCCGGCACAACGGGGAUCUUGAGCGGCACCUUAGAACCCAUCGAGCACGUCCGGACGAAGGCGAGUGGGCCUGCUGCGGCGUUUUGGUCCCCGAGAAUUACAUGAAUAGCAUGGAUCCUAAUGCCAUGUAUCUGCACAAAGGGCGCUUGAUGAUGGGCGGCUGUCAACGCGUCUUUAGUCGAAAAGAUGCGCUGGGACGCCAUCUGAAGGAGAGGAAGGGUAAGUGCCGCGGGGAUUUGAAGUUGGCAGAGCAACUGAGCAAGUCUUGA